AGUGUAGAUGCAGAAGCAGAACGAUGCACACCACAUCACGACAGACAACACGAGCCAAAAGAGAGAUCUUCCCACCACUUAAAGAUCUCAUGAACCGGACUCCAGACAUUCCCACAGAUCAAGAGAGAGAGGAGCAGUCAAAAGCAUCAUCAAACGUCCCUCAGAAGAUGGCAUUACUUGUCGAGCAAAUACACAAAUUUCUACAAAAAAGGACUGUUUUCAGUUCUUUCCCCAUGAGUCUUUCGUUAAUUGGAUUUGAGGAGUUGAUGGACCUAAAAUUUUUUGUAUGCCCGUGCAGACAUGAUCUGAAUAUAUGGCUAACAGUAUCUAUUUUUAUUGGUCCUCCUUUUAUUAUUUUUGCUUUAAUGUAUCUUGUUUUAAGACCUUGUAAACAUUAUGGGUUUCGUUGUUCUCAAGAAGAGAAUGAUGAUACUCAGCAGAACUGGCCUAAAGCUUUAGCACAUUGUCUAAUGCCAUCGUUAAUGUGGGUCAUCAUCUUGUUACUUGAUGGCGAUUAUGUUGCUUGUGCCAUGACAGACUGGAAGGGAGUUUAUGUUUUUGAUCAGGAACUCAACAGGUCGUGGUGUAAACCUGCUGCAGAGAUGCGAAAUGAGGCAGAGCUGCGAGAUAUGAUUCGCCAAAAUAUUUAUUACUCACGGAUAUCAGGCUAUUGCUUGAGCCUUGCCUUAAGUGUAUUGACAAUAACCUUAAUGGUUAUUUAUGACUGCUGCACAAGUGGAAAAUGUGACUGCUGCCCAAAACGGGUGUUAUCCUGCUUCAGACGAACAGCAAAGACGCAGAGUGAGGAAGAAGGUGCUGCUACAAUGGGACAGGAACUGCAAGAGGCAGGGAGUUCUGCUAAAGUGCAUUGGUUUGGGAGUUCUGCUAAAAUGGGACAUGGACAGCAAAGGUCAGGGAGUUCUGCUCCAAUGAGUUCUGCUACAAGGACACCGGAACGGGAAAAUCUACUGCCGGACCAAAAUCCAUUGACAGACCAGAGACAAUAAAAUGACAGCUAUCAAAUGAGCCACUUAAACAAACCCAACACAAAGGCCUUCUUCUAACAAAUAACCAGCUAUUAACAGAUUCAAUUUUCACACUCUUCCUUAACCAAAACUCUCAUAUUCCAGCUUUCUGUGAUAUAUAUAUGACAGUAGCUUGAGUUAACAUUAGCAGUAGCUUGAGUUUUGUUGAGGAUGUAAAAAUCUGUAAAUAUUGACAA